AUGGGGAAGUCCUUCGAAGGUAUUUAUGCCUGCUCAACAGGCCGAUUCGAGGAUGGGAACGGCGAAAAGAUCCCUCAAUGGAUCCGGAACAACGGCGGACAAUACUCGAAAGCGAUGCACACCGGCGUGACGCACUUGAUCACGACCAAGGAGGCUUUUCUCAAGGACGCGCCAGCCGGUACUACUGACAUAAAACCAACAGUUCUGGAAGCCAAGAAUCUCAACAAGGUCAAAAUUGUCACGUUCGACUGGCUAGAAGAUUCCCUACUUAGCAAGUCCAAGCGGCCCAGAAAUGAGCGUGCAUAUCUGCUGGCGAAUAUCUUGAAGGCAGAAAAGAUUCCGAAGAAGGGCAAGAGGAAGGCGGAUCAGCUUCAAAAUCAAAGCAAACGUCCCAAAGGUUGGUUGAUGUGUGGCUCUGCUCCGCAAGGAGUCUUUACUCAUAUAUACUUCUCAAAACAGUCGACCCAUUCACGGUCAACAAGAACGGUACUUCCAAGAAGUCACCCCUACGUGGAUCCAGACACUGGAGAGACCUGGCGGGCAACUCUCCUUCGGCAAGGUCCACCACCGCAGUACACGGAAAAGUAUCUCAUACAGCUCUUCGAGACGGACGCCAAGCCACACACCUACUCGACGUACGUCAAGUACUCCCGAAUCGGUAUUUCGAGGGUGGAAACCCUGGCUCCUCCGAAAAGCAAGCUGGACAUCGCCACGACGACAUUCAAGAUGUUCUUCAAGACUCAGACGGGCAAAGAAUGGGAAGAAAGAGAGAAUGGCCUCAUGCCACCGCCCAAAACAGACUCCGAGGACAAUGUUUUGCCUUCGCAUCAGGGCUGGUACCACUUGGAGGUGAAGGGUUCCAUGCUCAUGAACUGGCUUAUGAAGCCGAUUGCUCUUCAGGCAGAUGCUCAGCCAGGUGGUGACAGGUGGGCUUCGCAGGAGGGCCAGGGCAUUGUCUCCGUGGAUUCACGGUCAGAGAGCAGCGACGAAGAGCAGGGAUCGAUCUACGGCUAUAGGGAUGGGGAUUGGGGAAUGGAGUUUGAUGAUGAGAACGGCAUGUCUUUGGACGGCGCCAUUUACGAUGAGUGA